AUGUUAGAUUUUUAUUGGGUUCGAUUUAUUUUAUCUGGUUCAAACCGGUUACUCUGGCAAACGGCUUAUUCAAGAUGCUAUAGUACUUCAUGGAUAAUAAGAAGAAAUACAAAAACUCAAGAAAAAGUAUAUCCUUAUCGUUCUGGAGGUACACUAUAUAAUGAUUUGCCUGAAAAUUUACCAGAAAAAUGUCGAAAAACCGAUGCUGCAUCGUUAAUAACAGAAAAAAUACCACCUCGACAAGUUCAAAUGUUGGUUCGUGAUUUUAUUGAAGAUUCUCUUUAUAAUCCAUUUUAUGGGUACUAUAGCAAACAGGCAUGCAUCUUAUCAACACCAAUGCCAUUUGAGUUUUCAAAAAUGAAAAAUAAUAAUAGUUUUUAUAAAGAACUAAGUAAGAUCUAUACAGAAUAUGAUAAAGCAGCGGCCCAGGAGGGUAUACAACAUCCCAAGCAACUAUGGCAUACGCCAACAGAGCUAUUUAAACCAUAUUAUGGAGAGGCUAUAGCGCGUUAUUUGUUGACACAUUAUAAAUUAUCCUACUAUCCAUAUGAUGACUUAAGAAUAUAUGAAGUAGGCUCAGGCAAUGGCACGUUAAUGUUCAACAUUCUAGAUUAUCUCCGUAAUAUAGAUCCUGAUGUAUAUGCCCGAACAAAAUACUGCGCCAUUGAAAUAAGUCAUUCACUAGCAACACAGCAAAUAAAGACACUCAAAAAUGCUAAAAACUAUUAUGAACAUCAAGAAAAAAUUGAAAUUAUUAAUAAAAACAUAUUUGAUUGGAACACACUAGAUCCGAAUCCUUGUUUUUUUAUAUUAUUUGAAGUAUUAGAUAAUUUUUCACAUGACUUGAUACGAUACAAUCCGAUAACACAACAACCUUAUCAAGCAAUUGUAGUAAUUGAUGAAAUUGGUGAUAUUCAUGAAUUUUAUUCGCCUAAUUUAGAUCCGUUAAUUAUAAAGUAUCUUUCAAUAAAAAGAAAAAUCACUGAAGAAUAUAAUCAUAAAUAUAAAACCUUCUUUUAUUUUUUAAAACGAUUAAAAACAUUUCUUCCCUUUUCAGAAAACUUAAUUAAUCCAGAAUUUAUACCUACAAAACAACUUAUUCUUUUUGAUGUUCUUCGAAAAUAUUUUCCACAGCAUAAUUUAAUCAUAUCUGACUUUUCUUCUCUACCGGAGGCUAUUCAAGGUCUUAAUGCUCCAUUAGUUCAAACACGAUUAUCUGGUAUGACAAUUCCAUGUUCAACAUAUUUAGUAAAACAAGGGUAUUUUGAUAUCAUGUUUCCAACAGAUUUUCAAAAUUUAAAAGAUUUAUACAGAAAAGUCUGUUUACAAUCAGGAGAAACUAAACUUAUAAAAAUUUAUGCUCAUAGAAAGUUUCUUGAACAAUGGGGUGAUACAAAAGCAACUAAAACAAUUAGCGGCGAAAAUCCAAUGUUAGACUGGUUCGAGAAUGUAAAGUUCCUAAUCACACAAUAA